AUGAUAACGGCCUUUGGCUCCGCAGUUUAUCUAAUGUUCGGGCAGGGAAAGGCCUGGAUUCUAAUUGGGGUGGCUGCGCUUGCUUCUCUUCCUGUCACUUCAUUUGUGUUCCUCCAGUUUCCUCUCCUUGUUGACGUCAUAACUUCAACCUACGGUUAUGGUGUUUUUGGGAAGAAGAGUGAUCGAGUCUUCCGUUAA